AUGUUGUAUGGAAAUCAAUCUCUGGCAAAUAGCACUGCUGAACAGCAGUAUCAGGGGAUACUGGAAAGAGCGUUGUUUUCGACUCUGACUACAGUACCAUGCUGUGUCUUUCUCUUCAUCAAUGGGACCAUGCUGUUCACCUUGCGGAGUAAACCAGUGUUUUGUGAGACUUCCCGUUACAUUCUUCUAUUUAACCUCCUUUUUGCAGACACUGUGCAGAUGACACUGAGCCAGUUACUGUACAUAAUUGCUGCUUGUAGAAUAAGGCUGACAUAUCCUGUGUGUGGUGUUCUCACCAUGCUUGCUGAUCUCACAAAUGAAGUCUCUCCUCUCACACUGAUGGUGAUGUCUCUGGAAAGAUAUGUAGCUGUGUGCUACCCACUGAGGCAUGCUACCAUCAUCACCAUCAGAAGCACAGGGGUGGCCAUCAUUGUGGUUUGGGCCUUUUGUUCACUAAAUGUUCUCACUAGAGUUAUUUUGCUUUUAGAAUUUCCAUUUGAGGAGCUGAAGAGCCUGCAGAUGAAGGACUUUUGCUCUGACAUAGCUAUGUUGAUUGGGUCUAUGUCUGAUCAUUACGACAAAGCCUACACUUGUUUUCUGUUUAUAUCUGCUACUGUGGCGAUUACUUCCUCCUAUAUUGGUGUGAUGAUAGCAGCCAGGUCAGCCUCUACAGACAAAGCUUCAGCCCGUAAGGCUCGAAACACACUGCUUCUGCAUCUGGUGCAGCUGGGUCUCAGUCUCUCCUCAACCAUUUACAAUCCAAUUCUUAUAGCUCUUUCAAGAAUUGUAAAAAGGCUAGUAUUUGUGCGUGUCCAGAAUGUUUUUUAUAUGUGUAUUUUCCUGUUCCCUAGAUGUCUGAGUUCUCUUAUUUAUGGUAUCAGAGACCAGACCAUCAGGCCCGUCCUUGUGUACCAUCUAUGCUGUAGACUGAAACUCUCAGUGGUUCCAGCCAAGGCUGAGAUGUCAACCUAG